UUAAGGCCGUCCGGCUGCAGUGUCGUACCUAUGUCACUUUGCCUGCCUUGUAAAUCAAUACGACAAGCACGCAACUGCCACACGGCGCUAUACUCAAAGCUGCAAUCCCUCUAAAACCAGAAUUUAGGCGUCCUGCCAAGGAGCUCACAAGACCGUCUUCUUUCAGAUGAACCCGAGAGUUGUCGUCAUAUUUCUCUCGGGCCUACGCUGAUUUUUCUAUUAAGCAACCGACAUUGACAUGGAUCUUCCUGCAAAUCAUCACGCAGAUGUAUUAUCAUUCGCCUUUAGUCGCGCGGUCAACUACGAUGAGGAUCGCCCACUUUACAUUGAUGCGAAAGACUCCUCUCGCAGUCUGAGUGCCCGCCAGCUACGCCGACUGGUGCGAGCUCUGAUUGCAGGCCUGAAGCGCCAUAUCCAGAAAGGGGACUGUGUGUUGGUUCACCUGGGCAACAGCUAUGUCCACCCAGCACUCUUCUUCGGUGUCAUAGGCACGGGAGGCAUAUACCUGGGUGCUAGCCCUGACAGUCCACCCCAUGAACUCAUCAAUGUUCUUGAACUGGGAGAUCCAAAGUUGAUCAUUACAUCAAGUGAGACAUUCCAGGCUGUUCUGGAUGUCGCAACCAGCAAAGGCCUCUGUCCCGAGCAAAUCUGUCUGUUCGAAGAGUCGGCUAUUGCCAGUUUCCUAGGAUCGAGUCCCAGUAUUCCAGCCAGGAGUGCUGGGCACACCACAGUGGCACAUCUCCUCGCCCACGGCGAAGAGGACUGGAUCAAGCUUGAUGAGGAAUCCCUGGCAAGAACCACUCCGGCUGCCAUGUAUUGCACCAGCGGCACCAGCGGACUUCCCAAAGCCGCUGUUAUCACACACCACGCCAUUAUCUCCCAACAUCUGAAUAUACACUAUGAGGUUCCGUACAAAGUUAACAGAAUGGUUGUCGUCCCGAUGUACCAUCGUUUCGGGGCACUCUGGCAUACAUUCCCCGUCCGUCAUGGAGAGCCAGCGUACAUCAUGCACAAGUUCGAAGUUGGCCAGUUUCUCGAGGUCGUCCAACGCUAUCAAAUAACCGAUGUGUAUGUUGUCCCGGUCAUGGUCCACAUACUAAAUCAGACCUCUCGACCUGUAGCGGAGCUCCUGUCCCCCCUACGCAUGGUAGGCGUCUCGGGUGCCCCUAUUGAUGCAGCAUCACUGCAGAAGUUUCAAACACUGCUCCACAACGAGGCCACUGCGGCGCAGUCCUGGGGGAUGACAGAGACCGGUCCGGUAUUUGUGGGCAAGUAUGGCGAACGAUCUGAUAAAGCAACCGUCGGAAAGCUUAUCGGUGAAAACGAAGCAAGACUCCUCGACGAUCAGGGCAUCAUAAUAGACAGCGACGGCUGCCCUGGUGAGCUGUGCGUCCGUGGCACAGGCCUCUUCGCAUACUACAAGGGACGAGAUGAUGGGAUAGAUCAUGACGGGUGGUUCCGCACAGGGGAUGUAGCCUACCGGCAAGAUGGAUACUACUACCUACUCGGGCGGACCAAAGAGAUUAUCAAAGUACAAGGCUAUCAGGUAGCUCCGGCUGAAAUAGAAGCCGUUCUUUUGACACAUCCAGGGAUUGACGACGCCGCCAUCCUCGGAGUACAAUCGAGUGACAAAGGCACCGAGGUCCCCCGGGCCUUUGUCGUGAAAUCAGCAUCUGGAACUAACCUGACAGCAGAUGAUGUCUACCAAUUUGCGCGAACUCGGCUAGCGGGCUACAAAGCUUUGGACGGAGGCGUGGUGUUUGUCACCGAAAUCCCUCGAACAGUGAGUGGGAAAAUUAUCCGUACCAAACUGGCGCAGAUGAACGCUCGGCGGGACAAACUUGCCCAGAUUCUCUCCCGGAGAGUUAUCAAGGUGAUUUCUUAGAGUACUACGGAGUACUACAGAGGGUUUCCACAUUCUUAUAUGCAUACUUGCAUAUUAAAGACUAUUAUGAAGUUAAUGCCAAGCCCAGCUGCUUAUGAGACCAGGACUGGCUGCAUACAAUCUAUCUUGAAUCAAUACAGUAUUAUUAUCUAGUU